UAUUUUGUUUAUAGGUUGAUACUGCUCUAAAGUUGAAACUUUUUUUGUUUGUUUAUUUAAAAAUUAAAAAAAAAAGAGGAAUCUUUUCUUGCGAUGACUGAAUUGUAAUUCCACCAAUCACAGAUGAGCUGUUGGUGUUUUCCUCGACGGUGAUUGGUUGUUUCCUCUGUCAAUCUUGUGUGCUCCCAUAGGGCGUCUCUGUUCUCUGCAGCUGUCAGAAAGAGCCCUAAAUGCGGCGGGGAAUAACAAAACGGUCAUGUGAGGCUGUUGGAGCUGCUUUGUGGUGUUCACCUCCGUAACCAUGCGGGUCUGAGCCGCAGAGACAGCUGACUCUCCUCACCUGGACCCGUCGCCAUGGAGACCGUCAGCAGCUAUGUAUUGAUCCAUGGGAAGAACAUCUCCCAUGACAGCCCGGCAGGUUCUGCUGCCGUGCCCCACAUGUCCAUCGAUAAGCUCUUCCCGGCUCUGCUGGAGUGCUUCGGCAUCAUUCUGUGCGGCUACAUAGCUGGCAGGGCUGACAUCAUCACAGAGGGCCAGGCGAAAGGUUUGGGGAACUUUGUGUCCAAGUUUGCGCUGCCCGCGCUGCUCUUCAAAAACAUGGUGCUGUUGGACUUCGGGGACGUCAUCUGGGCGUUCCUCUGGAGUGUCCUGGUUGCAAAGGUGGCGGUGUUCCUGCUGGUGUGUGGGCUCACGCUGAUGGUGGCCAGUCCAGACAGCAGGUACAGCAAGGCGGGUCUGUACGCAAUCUUUGCCACUCAGAGCAAUGACUUUGCUUUAGGAUAUCCUAUAGUCGAUGCUUUGUAUCGAAGCACGUAUCCGGAGUACCUGCAGUACAUCUACCUGGUGGCCCCGGUUUCCCUCAUGCUGCUCAACCCCAUCGGCUUUGCUCUUUGUGAGGUGCAGAGGUGGAAGCAGGCGCUCCAUCCACAGCGCAGCAGUCUGCUCAUCCUGGGAGUUGUAGUGUUACAGGUAAUGAAGAACCCGAUAGUGUUCAUGGUGAUCGUGGGAAUCAUCUCUCACUUUGCUCUGGGUCAGCGGAUUCCCGCCGUCUUGUCAGAGUUCAUCGACGGGCUGGCCAACUCAUUUGGGGGGGCGGCGUUGUUUUACCUCGGCCUGACGAUGGUUGGACAGCUUAGAAAGCUAACCAGAGAUACCGGAGUGGCCUUGAUUCUCCUCAUCACAGCCAAACUCCUGGUGAUGCCACUGGUCUGCAAAGACUUGGUGGAUAUUCUGGACGUUGGAGUGAACAAGACGAGCGCCAACCACACCAGCUUGUCCAACUUUGCCUUUCUGUACGGAGCCUUCCCAACUGCACCGAGCGUGGCCAUUUACGCCGGACACUACAACAUGGAGUUAGAGGUGGUAACGUCAGGGAUGGUGAUCAGCACGUUUUUGUCCGCCCCCAUCAUGUACGUGUCUGCCUGGUUGUUGACCAUCCCGCUGAUGGACCCCACCCCGCUGAUGGCCGAGCUGGAGAACGUCAGCUUCAACAGCAGCGUCAUCAGCCUCGUCGCACUGGUUUGGACCAUCGGCGUGAUGCUGCUCAGCAGGAAGUUCAGCAGACUCCCUCACAUCUUUGUCUUGAACCUGUUCCUGGCCCAGUUCUUGGUCUGCAUCGGUAUGAUCCUGUGGAACUUCUUGGUGAAACAAGAAGACGUCCUUCUGGGCAAAAUUCUCACCUUCACCUUGUUGUACGGCUCUCUGUACAGCACAUACAUCUGGACAGGUUUGAUUCCUCUCUGCAUGGCUCUGACAAACAGAGAUGAUCUGCUGAGACUCCGACCUGGAGUCUUCAUGGUUUUGGGAUGGGGAAUCCCCUUUCUGAUGGUUGGAAUUCUUCUGAUAUUAGGAGAGAGGACGAAUACCAUUGACUCCGCCUUCUUCUAUGGCAGAGCUCAGAUCAUCACCUCUGCUGUGGUUCUUGCUGUGAGUCUAGUGCUCGGCGCCGUGUCCCUGAUGGGCCUCAGCCAGGGAGGCCGCGAGCAAAGCGGCUAUGAGGCUCUGAGCAGAGCUGCUGCGACCGGCACCAGCGAGGAACCGAGGCCCCCUGGUGGAGCGGAGGACUCACGGCAUCAGACACAGACACUAAUCUCACCUGCCUGCAGCAUCAACUCAGGUCUCCACAGCAUUUCUCCCCUCCAGACGGUGCCUGACAUGAUAGCCAGCACUCAGAGAGAGCACACAAACAGCACAGGCCACAGGGGGGCGCUCCACGAUGAUCAGGGUCCUUCAGCAUCAGAGCAGCCUUUGAAUCUGCCUCCUCCAGGACUCCAGAGCCCAGAUGAGAGACAGACCGUGAGGCACGUUCUGCUCUGUCUGCUGCUCAACGUCUGCCUGCUGGCGAACCUGUCCAGCUGUCUGUGGUGGUUGUUCAACGAGGAUCCAGGAAGACUUUACCUGGAGCUGCAGUUCUUCUGCGCUGUGGCUAACUAUGGACAGGGUUUCCUGUCUUUUGGUAUUUUCGGCCUGGACAGAAACCUCGUCCUCUUGCCGUUUAAGAAGAGGCUGCUCAGCAUGUGGCACGGGAGGGAGGAUGAGGACCUGAGUCCAGCAGGUGUACCUGAGGAGGUCAGACUCACCUGUACUCAGUUUGUCCGCUAUCACAAAGACCAGUGUGUGCAGGACAUCGUGCUCACGCGCAGGUCUGAAGGGGGGCUGCAGCAGGAGGACCCAGCGGGACACUCCCCAUCCCAGCAUACUCCCUCGCACACAGACGUCCCGGAGCAGCCACAGGGUCCAGUCCAGAACCUCAGUCCGGUUAAGUCCUGCAGCGCGGACGCUCCGCGGCUCUCCCAGCUGCAGCCUCAACAACUCGGCAACUGUCUGCACCAACAUGAGUCUAGGUCAAGCCCGCCCCCGCCCCACCCCCAACAGGUUUUUCAGGGCAGUGAUUUGGUGGACUGGCUGGUGGAGCGCGGCCUGUGCAGCGGGCGCACCGAGGCGGAACUCUACGGCGUCCGCCUGCAGCAGGGAGGAGUGCUGCGGCGCCUAACGGGCCAGCAGAGCUUCAGGGACGAACUCGGCCUGCUGUACCACUUCACACAGGAGGGGGGUGGAGCUAAUGAAACUCCCCCAUGUCUGCUGUGACCUUUUGACCUUUAAAGACAGUACAAAACACAACAAAUGAAGGUAUUUAUCCAAAACAAAAGUUUCUUCCAAAACUUGAGUCUGGUUAUUGCUGCAAAAUAUAACCAGCUUUUUUUCCCCUCAAAUUCUUCCAAUUUACGAUUAAAUCUUUAAACCUUUAAAAAUUUCCACUUUUCUCUUUUUUUGUCAUUAAAGUGCUGCAGCAGAAAGCACUAAACCUUGUCAUUCCUAACGGAUUCAUCAGUUCUCCUUUAGGGGACAAAACCUCGCGUCACCACUUUUCCAUUUGCAAGCUGUUCCCCCCCGUCUGCGCCUGCUGCUUGCAUGAUUCAGCUGCGCAGACGCCUCUGCACUGAAACUGUUUACACUGUCCGACUGCAUUCUGCACAUUGUCUAAUUAUGCAAACCACCGGAUUGUUUUGGCGCGGCGCUGCAGACACCUGUCGGGUCACUUUGAUGCUGCUGUUGAUUUCCUGACGUUUGAAGACAUAAAGCAUGCCGUUACUGUGAAACUUUAUUUGUUACAGCCACAUGGCAGCCAAAGCAGCUCCAGAAGAGUUUAUUAAAACUGUUUACAAAUGUGAGGCUGCUGCUUUACAACGUUUCUAGACAUUUGAUAAUGAUGAUCAUAAUCACAUGCAACAUAUUUAGAAACAGUGGACAAUGAUGGACUGAUGUUGCUGUGAACAUGAAAAUGAAGCCAUUUCAUUAAGUCGUUGAAGCCCUAAAGACAUUCAGAAAAAUGUGAAAGUGUGUGUGCAUGCAGUCUGUGUGUGUAUGAAAAGGACGAUUUGUACGUGAAGUCAACGUUUUAUUUUAUCCAAACUCGAUCAGAGUCGAGGACUGUUGAAGACACAAAUAAAACACUACCUGCAUCCAAA